CCCUGAAAUGUUUUUGGGGUUUUUGUACUGUUUUGGGGUCCUGGGCUGGUUUUGGGGUUCCUGGACAGGUUUUAGGUUCCCUUGACCACUUUUGGGGUUUUUGGAGUGAUUUUGGUUUCUCUGCACUGAUUUUGGGGUUUUUGGGCUGGUUUAGGGUUGCCCAAACUGUUUAUGGGGUUCCUGGGCUGGUUUUGGUUUCCCUGAACUGAUUUUGGGGUUUUGGGACUGGUUUAGGGGUUCCCAAAGUUCUUAUGGGGUUCCCGGGCUGGUUUUGGUUUCCCUGAACUGAUUUUGGGAUUUUUGGACUGGUUUUGGUUUCCCUGAACUGAUUUUGGGGUUUUUGGGCUGGUUUAAGGUUGCCCAAACUUCUUAUGGGAUUCCCGGGCUGGUUUUGGUUUCCAUGAACCGAUUUUUGGGGUUUUUGGACUGGUUUGGGUUCCCUGAACUGAUUUUGGGGUUUUUGUACUGGUUUGGGGAUCCCUGAACUGGUUUGGGGGUUUUUGUACUGGUUUGGGAUCCUGGGGCUGGUUUUGGGGUUCCUGGUCAGGUUUUAGGUUCCCUUGACCGCUUUUGGGGUUUUUGGAGUGAUUUUGGUUUCCCUGAACUGAUUUUGGGGUUUUUGGGCUGGUUUAGGGUUGCCCAAAGUUCUUAUGGGGUUCCCGGGCUGGUUUUGGUUUCCCUGAACUGAUUUUGGGGUUUUGGGACUGGUUUAGGGGUUCCCAAAGUUCUUAUGGGGUUCCCGGGCUGGUUUUGGUUUCCCUGAACUGAUUUUGGGGUUUUUGGACAGAUUUUGGUUUCUCUGCACUGAUUUUGGGUUUUUGGACUGGUUUAGGGUUGCUCAAAGUUCUUAUGGGGUUCCCGGGCUGGUUUUGGUUUCCCUGAACUGAUUUUGGGGUUUUUGGACAGAUUUUGGGGUUGCAAAUCACUUGGUGACCCUCCAGACCCCAAUUUUAGCGCCUCACAUCUCAUCUCCCGUUUCUCCUCCAGCUCCCCUCAACGCCGCCACUGAAAAAUCACCAAAAAGUCGCCGGAAUCGCCGAAAAAUCACCAAAAAGUCACCGGAAUCGCCGAAAACCCACCGAAAUUCCCGACUCCCGCCGACGCCGCCAUGGCCCCGGCGCGCGGCCGCUCCACCCAAAUCCCACCGUGCGUCCCCAAGCGCCAAUUCCCACCGGGAUAUUCCGACUCCCUCCUCUUCCUCUGCGCCCGCCGCAUCGUCGCCCGCCACCCUCUGCCGGCGUUACCGGCGCCGCCCGCCCACCUCUACCCCGUCCUCUUCCAAGCCGCCUUCUUGGACGGGCGGCCGCUGGUGCUGCGGGAGCUGGUGAGCGCGUGGCCCUUCCCGGUGCUGCACCUGCAGCGCCUGCUGGGCCGGCAGGAGCUGCUGCGGGACCACCCCUGCAAGCUCUGCCUCCAGGCCGUCAUCCUGGCCGUGGUGGCGCAGCUGCGCCGGCAGCUGGAGGAGCCCGGACGCCGCUCCAGCUCCUGCCGCCUCCGCGUGUUGGACGUGACGGGAGUCCCGGAUGAUCCCUCGGGCCGCACUCCGGACGGGAUGAACGCGCCCUGGUCCGGCACGGUGGCUUUGGCCAAGGCUUGCGUGGAGGUAUCCAAGCACCAACGGGAAUUCCAACGCCGCGGAUCCAAGCGGCACAAAGGCCGUUCCGGCACCGCCGCCGCGCCGCAACCGCCGGGCGUUGACGUCCACGCCGACCUCUUCGUCAACGGGACGUCCUACGGGAUCCUGCGCGACGCCCUCCAGAGCGGCGCCGCCGGCCCGCUGCGCCUCAAGUGCCGCGAGUUCCAAGCGGAGAAACUCUCCUUGGCUGGAAUCGUCAGCCUGCUGGAAACGCUGGAUCCCUCCUGCGUGCGGAGAGUGGAUCUGCGCUUCCGGAAUUUGGGAUUGACCGGGCUGUCGGUGAUCCUGCCGCAUCUCUCGCGCUUCCCGCAGCUGCGCAGCCUCAAGCUGCAGUACAGCAACGUGGACGUGCGGCGCCCGACGCCGGAAUCGGCCAUCGGGAUCCGGUGCCUGGCCGGGCAGUUGGGAAUGCUGCCCAGCCUCCGCGAGCUCAACCUGGGAUCCUCCCGGCUCUCCGGGAACCUGCGCCAGAUCCUCUGCGACCUCCGGGCGCCGUUGGAAAGUUUGGAAUUGUCCUUCUGCUCGCUGCUCCCCGCCGACCUCGCCUUCCUCUCCCAAAGCUCCCACGCCGCGUCCCUCAAACGCUUGGACCUGAGCGGCCACGACUUCUCCCAGGGGCUGCUGGAGCCGCUGCGGCUGCUCCUGGAGGAGACCUCGGCCUCGCUGCUGCACCUGGAUCUCAUGGAAUGCCGCAUGGCCGACGCCCAACUGGCCGCGCUGCUGCCGACGCUGCGCCGCUGCCGCCGCCUGCGCUUCCUGGGCCUCUACGGCAACUCCCUGUCCACCGCCGCGCUCAAGGAUCUGCUGCGCCAAACCGUGGAGCUGCCGGAUCUCCGAUUGGUCGUUUAUCCCUUCCCGGCCGAUUGCUACAAACCGGAGCCGCCGCGCCGCGUGCCGGGAUCCCGGCGGAUUUACGAGGAACCCAUGGACGGCGAACGUUUGGCGGCGUCCACCGCCGAGAUCCACCAAAUGUUGGCCGAUUCCGGCAGAACCGACCUGGUGUGGACUUACAACCCCUACGGUCACGGAACCAUGGACUACUUCUCCUUGUGAGCCGGGAAAACCUCGGAGCCGCCGAAAACGCCGGCGCCGCCUUCCCGAAAUCCGGGCGUUCCUCGCCGCGUUCCAGUCGUUUUAUUUUCCCUUCAUUUCGAAUUGCCUUUUCGUGGCCAAAUUCGGGGAAGUUUCGGGGCUGGAACAACUCCGGAGACGAUUCCGAGCUGCUGGACUGGGAAAUUCCCAAAAUUCCUUGGCAAGGAGCUGUGGAUCCAUGGAAAAAGGAGCAGGUUCCUGGCAGGAAUCCCACGGAGCAGGAAAUUCCCAAAGGAUCGACCCCGUCGGAAAAAUCCGCGCGGAAACGUCUUCCAGGGGAACGACGUCUCGGAGAAAUCCGCGGAAAACUCCUUCACAUAAAUGAGAAAUCCAUGGAAAACUCUUUCCCAUCGC